AUGAUCGCCUCGAAAUCAAGUUCAGCGCUAUUGGCAACAGCAAUCGUAAGAGUUGUUUCAAGAAAUGGCGAAAAAUUGCGUUUACGUGCACUCAUCGACCCAGGUUCUCAAUCAGCGUUCAUAACAGAAAGCGCUGCACAGUUAUUGCGUGUGCCAAGACUGAAUGUAUCUGGUUCUGUAAGUGGUAUUGGAAAUGAGUUGACGACGAUAAAAAAUAGUGUCAUGAUCACAGCAUAUUCGCGCUUCAGCGAUGAUUAUUUUUUGACCACGGAAGCUGUAAUUUUACCUAAACUGACGGGUUAUGUGACAGUUGAUGAAAAUUUGGCAGAAUAUGAUCAUUUGGCUAAUUUGCGUACAGCAGAUGUGAUCACUGAGCAAAGCGGUUCCAUUGAUUUGUUGUUGGGUGUUGUAGAAUACACUAAAAUUUUGAAAGCUGGCUUGAUUAAGUCACACGACGAAGCACCGGUGGCUCAAAAUUCCGAGUUGGGCUGGCUCAUUAUGGGUGCAGUCGGCAGAGUUGCGAAGCGAGUAAAUGUAAACAUUGCAAGUCUGGUUUCGAAUGUCGAAUUAGAUAAAAAAUUGGCUGAAUAUUUCGCGGACAACGAUGUGUUAGAAGACGAAGAAGAGAUGUCUGCGGAAGAGCAAUUUUGCGAAAAUUUUUAUCAAGAAACCACUUCGCGUAAUGAGAAUGGCGUGUUCACGGUAAAAAUGCCAUUCAAGGAUGGUGAGCCCGUUUUAGGUGAAUCAAAAAAGUGUGCGUUAGCAACGUUGUUCAGUAUGGAAAAGAGAUUUGCCAAAGCACCGAAUAUGAAAAAACUGUACGUGGAUUCGAUGAACGAAGCAAUCGAAAGCGGCCACAUGGAGCGGGUGGAAAUUGAGCCGAAAAAUGCUCAUUUCAUACCGCAUCAUGCGGUUAUGAAGGACAGCACAACGACAAAGUUAAGAAUUGUGCACAACGCGUCACAAAAAACGAGCAACGGUCGCAGUUUAAAUAGCCAAUUAGCAAUUGGAAAAAUGGAGCAAGCAACGAUUUUAACUUUGAUUUUGCGUAAUCGUCAACACAAAAUCGCGUUUGUAGGAGACAUCGAAAAAAUGUACAAACAGAUCAAAUUGCAUGAAAGUCAACAACAUUUGCAAAUGGUGCUUUGGAGAGAAAAUACGAAUGAAUCAGUGAAAAUGUAUAAAUUAACGACGGUUAUGUUUGGUUUGGGUCCAGCACCAUUUCUGGCGAUCAGAACAUUAAAAGAGUUAGCAAACGAAGUAGAACGUGAGUAUCCGUUGGCCUCAUUGGCAUUGAAAAACAAUUUUUACGUCGACGAUUACAGUGAUGGAGCGGACACUGUGCAACAAGCAUUGGAUAAGUGUUCUCAACUCAAGCUGGCGUUAAAAAGCGCUGGAUUCAAUCUACGAAAAUUUGCCAGUAAUUCAGCUGAAUUUUUGGCACAUUUGCCUGAAGCUGACUAG